AUGCCUCCCCCCGGGGGGUUCGAGGCGAUAAAGUACAAACGCAAUCUGCCGUUCCGCGGGCCCGGCGGUGUUGCGAUUCUCGCCGGGGUGACUGGCAUAUGCGCGUUUGGCUUCUAUCGGUUGGGCCAGGGAAAUCUGGAAAAGAGAGAGCUCAAGAGGGAGAAGGUGUGGUCCCGUCUGCACCUGGUGCCGCUGCUGCUGGCCGAGGGGGAUCGUGACGCGUACCGGCGGGAACACGCAGCGGUCGAGAGGGAGCGGGAGAUUAUGAAGGACGUGAAGGGCUGGGAGGCUGGCAAGAGCGUCUACAGCGACUCGCGGUAUCGCUCAUCAAACUCCAUUGUGGUACUAUGA